AUGUUCCGAGUGGGUUACGCUGCGCUUUUCCUUCCACUGAUUGUUCAGACAUACUCCGAGCACAUCAACGGCCCAAAUUGUGGCAAGGCGAUGCCAUUUUCAAGAAUUGUCAAUGGAAGAAAAGUAUUAAGGGAUAAGAUGCCGUGGAUCGUGUUUGUGCGCACGUUAUUCAGGCUUGAUGAAACUUCCACAACCAUGUUCUGCAGCGGCAGUAUUGUGUCCCACAGCUAUAUUGUGACAGCUUCCCAUUGCCUUACUCUCCUGCAUGGAGGGCUCCCUACAAGUGUAGUAGUAUACUAUAACAGCUCAAAAACGGGAGAUGGACCUAAAGUAAAUGUGAUGCGGUAUGCUCGCCAUCCGGAUUUCAUACUGGCCGUCUACGCCAACGACAUCGCAAUUUUACAGCUGGAGAAACCAUUAAAGUUUGACAAGUUCGUCUCACCUGUUUGCCUUCCUAGAAAGCCACUGAAUAUCGCUCAAAAACGUCUACUUAUUGCAGGCUGGGGACAAACUGAGGAAGCGCUGACAAGGGGCCCGCCGAGCAAGAUCACAUCUUGCAAAGAAUUCAUGCUGAACAUCACCACAACAGUGACACGAGAAUCAUGA